ACUUAGACCGCUAAAGCCUCGAAUUGUCCUGACCAUCCUCCAGCCCCUUCACACGAGCUCUUACCGCUACACCUCCACAUCCCCUCGCUUCAGCAGCAACAGCAACAUGCCUCCAAAGAAGGACGCUCACGAUCUCAAGGAAGGAGAUGAAGUCUCCUGGAAGUGGGGUUCCAACCAUCCCUCUGGUACCGUAAAGGAAGUCGUGGAUGGAGAUGCUGAGGUGACUACUAAGCGGGGGAGCAAAGUGAGCAAAGAGGGGGAUGAGAGCAACCCGGCGGUCAAGCUUGACACCGGCAAGAGUGAUGCUGUGAAGAGUGCUAAGGAAAUUGAUGGUGUCAAGCCUGCUUGAUCUGCCUGAUUUGGGCCCUGCCUGGAAGAACCUGUAUCAUAGGCACUGUUUCUGAACACAAUCGCAAAGCU